CGAUCAAAUGGAUGGACGACUCAGAGGCAGUAAGUUGGGGUCAUCAAUGACAAGUUGGAUGAUUUUACUCACUCAUCCAGCCAGGAGUUGGAUCUUUAUGAUUUAAUUGGAACUCUGUUCCUAACCAAAGUAGUCUGCUUGUAAGACGUGCCUCAGCCAAUUACAAGUAUGGUGAAAAGGUGUCCUGGUCCGAUUGUAGUAAUAUUGUUCGCCCAACACCAGACCAAGAGCUGAGAUCCCGGCUCAUCAGUUGGAACUAUGUUCCUACCUAAAUAGUUUUCUUGUGGAGUAAAGCCCAAGCGGAACGCAAGAUAAUGAAAUAUGGAUCUUGGCCCACUAGAGGUUUCGCCGGAAAUCUCCGAAUCAAUAUCGAGGAUGGCAAAAAACAACAACCCUUUCAACCUGCGUUACAUCCUGGAAAACAACAAGUUAUCCGAGACCAAUUUUCUUGACUGGGAGAUGAACCUUCGAAUCGUUCUUAAUUGUGAGAGGAAACUCUACAUCCUCGAAACGGAUCCUCCCAAGACCCCUGAUACUAAUGCUCGUGCGUCCGAACUCACUUCCUUCAAGAAGUAUGAGGACGACGCGCGAGAUGUAAAGUGUAUCAUUAUGGCCAAUAUGACCGCGGAGCUCCAAAGGCUCCACGCGGACAUGGAAGUGCGUCCUAUGAUACAAUGCUUAAAAGACCUUUACCAGGGUCAACCCCAAAACUCAGGUAUUUACGUUAUCGAAGUCAAUAUGUCUGAUAUCACCUCUUGGGUGAUGGAUACUGGAUGUGGUUCUCACAUCUGUACUUCUAUGCAAAACUUGCAUGAAUGUAGACAAUUGACGGAGGGAGAGAUACAACUAAAAGUCGGCAAUGGCGCACUCGUCUAUGCAUUGGCCGUCGGAACCUAUAGUUUAUCUCUACCUAGUGGUCUAAUAUUGNGGAUCAAGAAGUUCAUUACUGAACUUGGAGUGGUUCCUAGCACCAAGGAAGGAAAAAGGAGAUUCCAACUCCAUGAUUUCAUGUUAAGGAAGAAGAAGGAGCAAGAAGAAAGUAGCUAAUGUUUCUAAAAUCCCGAGUUCAAACACAGCAGCCCACUUCUAGGAACAUUCGGAAGGUAUCAUAGAGAAGGUUCGGCGUUAGAAUAUUAAAGUUAAUGAGAUAAUCGUCGGAAUCGUUGUUCGUUGGAACAUCCAAAAUCCUGGCAGCAACUAUGAGUCCACUUGUGAGCUAUAUUUGACCACUUUAAACUCAUUAUUUUAACAUGGUUUCUUCACGAAAGUUGUAGCCUUACGUCUUAGGAAUCCACAUAAUCAAAUGGUUUGUGAUUCCAUGAAGAAACGAUGGAGCUAUGCUCAAAAUACCGCAGGCUGUCCAAUUGUGACGGAAAUAACAAAGUUGGUGAAUUUCGAUGUUGUUUCCACUCCCGUUCAUCCGUAAGGUUUCGGCCGAUGAUUUCUAGGUCUGUACCUUUGCGUUAGACUUGUCGAAUCAUUCAUCACAUACAUACAUGAACAUAUAUGUUAUUUCAUAUGUUAAAACCAUUCCAAAAUAUAUAUGUGAUGCAUAUAUAAGUUAUCUAUAUGUUGAGAUCAAAAUACACCAAAUUCGUAAAGUUAAUAUACACAUAAGUAUAUAUAAACCUUGGAAAUCAACCCAACAAUAUGUAUAUGUUAAUCAAAGGUGUUUAAAAGACUUAAAGAAGUAUUUUAGACACCUAAAAUAUCAAGAGUAAGACUCGCAGACCCAAACGGUCGACGCAAACGGUCGACCGUCGUGUUAAAACCUCGAAACGGACCACGACUGUCAGCAGAACGGUCAACCGCCGAUGGCGAACGGUCGACCGCCGCCUGUUCAGCCGAGAGCCAUCACUUCCAGCCAGUCAACAACGGUCAACCGCGGUCGACCGUCAUGGUGAUCUAGAAAUCCGACGAGUUGAAAUAUAGCAUAGUCGACCGC